AAUCGCACUGGGAGCCAGGAAGGUGAAAUCAGCGAGACAACAUCAAAAUCGUCGAGUACAUUUCUCCGCGACGACCCAACAGAGAUUAAGGUAAGAUGAUGGUAAGGAUCUACUACGCCUCCAUUGGACUUUUACUUCUCAUCUUGAUCGAGAGCAGCCUGCAGAUUCCCAUACAAGACACGGAAGAAAACACCAGCUUUAUGUCUGAAGAAGCAUUAUUUAAUGACCCAAGAGAAACAAACAACAUGAAGAGACAUUCAGAAGGCACGUUCUCCAACGAUUACAGUAAAUACCUGGAGACCAGGAGAGCACAGGACUUCGUUCAGUGGUUAAUGAACUCCAAAAGGAGUGGAGUCCCCACACGACGCCACGCAGACGGCACAUACACCAGCGAUGUCAGCUCCUACCAGCAGGACCAGGCGGCGAAAGAGUUCGUGUCCUGGCUGAAAACAGGCCGAGGGCGACGCGAGUGAGCCGUGAUAUUCUACGAUAAUGUUUUAUAAUGACUAUUGACUAGUGCUGUCAGUUACAUCGAAUCAUGCAAAUAAAUCUUUCUUCAAAUGAA